AUGCCUAAGCUGACACGAUUACCAUAUCGUGUCGUCGUAUGGGGCAUGUUGAACAUGAGGGGAAUUGCCUUGUUUGGAGCGCUCUAUAAAUCUUUUCACUACAUCCUGAGUCCCAUCUCUGCCUUCGACGCGUCUGACAUGCGACUCACCGACAUGACUUAUACGGGAUCAGCGCUGCCAUCCGUUCUCAUCGCUCACUUUACAACUUACCUCGGCGCUUUGCUUGGGCCAGACUCGAACCGCCGCCAGAUAGCCGGUCAUCUUUGGGCACUGUUUCCGCUCUGGAUUUGUUUCAUUCAGAACUUUGCCACACGCUACAUCUUGAAGCCAAGCACUGUCGGCCGCGACCGUCUCUAUAAUCCCACGAGCGACUUGGUAGCCAUACGCCGGACUGUUCUAAUUCUCGUCGCGAUGUCAACAAUAUCAUGGCAGUACACAGUAUACUGCGGCCGCGCAUCACUUACCGAGUUGUUCUUCCCUGCUUUUCCCGUUCGCGAUAUCCGCGAUCUCAACAUGGAAGGUGCUUACGUACCUAGAGUUCCUGAAGUGGGACUGUGUGUUUUUCGCCCUCGGUAA